AUGUACUUCGGUGUCUUGUUGCUGAUUGUCCUGAUCGCAGGUAGAGGGCAUGCCGCUGCUGUUUUCGCCCACUUUCUACUAUCCAACUCGGCUAACUUCACGAGUGCUGACUGGGCAAAACACAUAAGAGUAGCCCAAGAUGCCCAGAUAGACGCUUUCGCGUUGAAUAUCGCGGCAAGGGACGCUAUUAACGCUCAAUCAAUACCACUGGCUUUCGAAGCCGCCCAGGCCGCCGGUUUUAAGAUUUUCUUUUCCUUUGACUAUGUCGCCCGCGGACCAUGGAACCAAGAUGACGUGACUGAGUUGUUGUUGAGAUACAAAGUGAAUGAGGCAUACUAUAGGAACAAUGGCCGUCCGCUAGCAUCCACCUUCGAGGGCUCGGAGAACGCAGAGGAGUGGAUAAAUAUCAAAGCCAGCACAGAUUGCUUCUUUAUUCCCGACUGGUCCUCACUGGGAGCCAAGGCAGCUUUGGAGAAGGGGUACGGAAUUGUGGACGGGCUGUUUAGCUGGGCCGCCUGGCCCUCCGGUCCGCAAGAUAUGAACACGCAGGUAGAUUUAUGCUAUAUAAAACUCCUUAACGAAUCGGAGGGUCUGGUCUAUAUGAUGCCGGUAUCUCCAUGGUUCUAUACGAAUUUGCCCGGUUAUGGCAAGAACUGGCUUUGGCGCGGGGACGACCUCUGGCACGAUCGCUGGCAGGAGGUCUUAUCCGUCCGCCCGGAAUUCGCCGAAAUCAUUUCGUGGAAUGACUAUGGUGAGUCCCACUACAUCGGACCGCUCCACGAAGGCGGGUAUGAGCUAUUCAGAACCGGCAAGGCCCCAUUCAAUUACGCGGAGAAUAUGCCACACGAUGGAUGGCGAACCCUACUGCCAUUCAUUAUUGGUACUUAUAAACGUGGUCAUGCAGAAGUUAAACAGGAGUCGUUGGUAGCGUGGUAUCGUACAACCCCUGGAUCUGCCUGCGGUACUGGUGGAACUUCAGCAAAUACGCAAAGUCAUGCGCAGAUUGAAUUCAGCCCUCUAGAGGUCGUGGCGGAUCGGAUUUUCUACUCUGCUUUACUCACUGAGUAUGCCACGCCUGAAGUAAUCAUUGGUAGCACCACGCAAAAGGGGACGUGGAGAAACCUACCGGCUAGCGGUAGGGGCAUCUAUCACGGGAGCGCGCCAUUCAACGGGGCGAAGGGGGAUGUAGAAGUGACUUUGUGGAGAGAAGGCAACAGAAUCUUGACACUGAAAGGCAAGGGGAUCUCUGGGAGCUGUUAUAACGGUGUUCAGAAUUGGAAUGCCUGGGUGGGCAGUACUCAGUCACCCAGCUAA